AUGGUAUCAGUGUAUUCGAAUAAUGUGACGACAGUUUCGGAAAAGAGUACGAAACCUUUUGAAAAGGAGACGAAAGAGCGUCUCACCAAACGAUUCUCUAGAGAGGAAGAUGAAAAGUUAAUAUCACUAGUACAAACAUACGGUGCUAAAAAAUGGAAUUAUAUAGCAAAUUUCAUGGGCAAUAGAAAUGCUAAGCAGUGCCGUGAACGAUGGGAUAUUAGGAAGGCUAAUCAGAUACCAUUUACAUCACUUGAAGAAAAGAUAAUUAUGGAAUCGCAUUCUAAAGGAGAAAAAUGGGCAAAAAUUGCUUUAAAACUUGGUAACGGACGAACAUCCAAUGAUAUUAAAAACGCAUUUAACCAAAGACUUAGCAAGC